UUCCCCUGAGGACGCUGCUGCCGGUGUUGUAACACUUUUGGUGAACCAUUAUCCUCCACAUGUAACCGCUCUAUAGGUAUCCGCCCAGAGCGCCUGAGCAAUAAUCCGCCCCGCACGCUGCCGCUGCUGAAGGAGGAGGAGAGGCGGGCUGAGGAGCCGCUUCUGCUGUUGAGGAGUUUGUGUUCAGUGCGGUUCGGCUCGCGGCUCGGUCUCCUGCUCUGCUGGGAAAGAGUGUGUGUGUGUGUGUGUGUGAAGUCUGGUCUGGGCCGGGCGGUUCUGGACUCUGGAGAACGCUGAGCGCGCGGGGAGUUCUGCAGGCUGAUCCUCAGCGCUAAUCCCGCUGCUGCAGCACUAUGGACUGCAGGGUGCUCUCCAUUCAGAGCCAUGUUGUGAGAGGAUAUGUGGGGAACAAGUCCGCCACGUUUCCUCUACAGGUACUGGGAUUUGAAGUGGACUCCAUAAACUCAGUGCAGUUCUCCAAUCACACAGGUUAUGAGCACUGGAAAGGCCAGGUGCUGACUGCUGAUGAGCUUCAUGUCCUUUAUGAAGGGAUCAAACUCAACAAAGUCAACCAUUAUGACUACGUGCUCACAGGGUAUACUAGGGAUGUGUCUUUUUUGGAGUCAGUGGUGGACAUUGUGGAGGAGCUAAAGGGAGCCAACCCCAGUCUGGUGUAUGUUUGUGAUCCUGUAAUGGGAGAUAACGGAGCAAUGUACGUCCCAGAAGCCUUGCUGCCUGUGUAUAGGGAUAAAGUGGUGCCAGUUGCUGACAUCAUUACCCCCAACCAGUUUGAGGCAGAGCUGCUGACAGGCAGAAAGAUCAGUACAGAGAAAGAUGCAGUUGAGGCGAUGGACCAGCUGCAUGGGAUGGGUCCUGACACGGUGGUUAUUACCAGCUCUGACCUGCUCUCUUCUCUGGGGGAUCAGUACCUGGUGGCCCUUGGGAGCCACGUCACUGUGAAGGCAGAUGGCACUAAAGAAAAGCAGCUGAUCAGGAUGGACAUCCCUAAAGUGGAUGCUGUAUUUGUGGGCACAGGUGACCUGUUUGCUGCUAUGCUGCUCGCAUGGACACACCACCACCCGAACGACCUCAAGACAGCCUGUGAGAAGACUGUUUCUGUAAUGCAGCACGUCAUUAAGAGGACUAUCAACUAUGCUAAGGAGGCAGCUGGGCCUGAUCGCAGGCCUAAUCCAGCACAGUUGGAGCUUCGAAUGGUUCAGAGUAAAGGAGAUAUUGAGGAUCCUGCCAUAACUCUGGAGGCCGUCCUGCUGUAAAAGUUUUCCUCCGUCCUUCUGUGAUCAGCCUGGAUACUGUCCGGUUCUACAUGGUACCAUAUUAACCUUUUAGUGCACUAUUUUAACUGAGAAACGCAUUUAUUAUAGAACAAAUCCGACUGAACCGUAAAUGACUGUGACUCUUGAGUACGAAGUCUUCAGAGUGCUGGUACUCUGGAGCCGUCCAAAUACUAACCUGACGAGCUACUAAACCUACAGUUAGUGUUUUGAGUUAGGCUCACAUUCCAGAUGUACUGUGUGCAGAAGUAUCCGGCCGCACUGUAUUUUUUUUUGUGUUUAACAUUUUUAGGAGAAGGAUGUUUGUAUCUAUUUAAAGGAAGAAUUAUUAAAUUUGUCUGAUCGGUUUCGGCCGCUAAAUGUUUUUAAUAACAAAAUACAGAUUAAAUAUAUUUGCAGUGUUUCCUGAUAUUGAUGGCAACUUUGGCAACAUUGGCAAUAUUUUCACCAAUCCUAAUUGAAAAAAUUAUAAUUUACUAGGGAUGCAAAUGUGAGUAAGGCUCAAUUCAAAACAUGUUUAGACUAACCUAGAUUUAGUUUCAUAUAUUCUAAACAGACCAGAGUAAUGUUGUAUAACACCCUCCUAUGAAGCUGCUACAGCCUGUAUUGUUUAUACAGUACAUGUUCAAUUGUGAACAUGCACACACACAAUAAUUCUGUCCAACAAAUGUCCAAAACGCUGCAUCAGAAUGUUUAUUUUAAGUUGUUUCAUUGCAAACAGAACAGGGAGAGAUAAAGAAUAAAAAAAGAGAAGGAAACUAUGCAAUCUGUUCUCUCUAUGCUCAGUGAGGGAGACCUGAAGGAGGUAAGAAGUGCAACAGAACUACAGUUACCAUAGCAGUUCUUCUAAAUCCACUACAAUUCCCACAAUCCUUUGAAAAUCUAUAAUGUUUAUUUAGCUUAUUAUUAAUCAAUCAGCUUGCAGUGUAUUCUCAUUACAGCUGGAGGCACGGAACCAUGAUGUCCAUAUUGUAAUGGUUUGAUAUGAAUGUGUAUGUGUAUGUGCACCCCUAGAAUUACUAUUAAUAAUACAGGCACUGACUGCAUAAAAUGUAUCAACUUUCUAGGGUCUACAAACUUGCUGGCACAUCAAAUGUGAUGUUUCUUUUGUUCCUGUGAUGAUAUCUUCUGCCUCUCACUCUGUUUUACUGGUGGAAUCAUGUGUCAUGUGUCAGUCUUUCAUCUGUAAUUGGUGGAUUUGUGCAUCCAUCUAAGUUCUGUGUGAAACUGACCAAUGAACACUCAGGAAAUUACUAAGGACUCAAUUCAAUUCAGUACAUAGCUGUGGAGAUGAAUUUUAAUGCAGCCUUCAGGUUAAACAUGCUUCUUGUAAAAGGCAAAGAAUCUGUUGCUGUGUGCAAUAGAAAUCUCAUUAGUCAUCCAUUGCCUCAUUCAUUCAUAUUGCCUCCCUGUAUUAUCAUAAAGGAAUUAAUGUACAUUUUGAGACAGCUGGUGAGUUUGUGGAUCCCAGAGGGUUGAUGAUGAUCUGUUUUUAUGUAAACUUUCAGUUUUUACUGUACGGUACAUUCCACAUCAGUGUUGUAUUGUCACAUUCAGUUCUGUAAAUGUCAUAAUCGUCUUUGGUACAGUUUAAAGUGUACAAUCAAUUUCAGAUCAAUCUGCUAAUUUUGUUUUAAGCUAAAAUGUGAGACUGCAAAAAAAAGAAAGACAGGUAACCUUAAUCUUAAUAGUUCUGUCAAAAGGUCCCAAUGAAGAAUGUUUUGACACAUUGACACAUGUAUCUCAAUAAUCACCAUUUUUAAAUGUUGUGCCUGUAAUAAUAUUUCAUGUCUGUAAUAAAUUAUAUUUUAUCUGCAUCAUAUUGCCACACAUUGCCCCCCCCCCCUUUCAGAACCUUUAGUUUUUCCAGUCAUUCUUAUAUUGACACAAACAGCAUAAAUAUCAAUCAGAUGUUUUUAUUGUAUGAGCUGUUUGAUGCAGUAUAGGAUUGUAAUGCAUGUGAACAAUCAGCUACUUUUGUGAUGUCAUCUCCUUAAAACCCGGUACAUUCCCAGACUGACUGAAUGAUUGUGUUCGGGGGGUUUGUACAAACCAGAAAAUGUCUUAAUGCCAAGUGCCAAUCCUGAUGAUGCUGCUCUGUUUUAAAAUAAAAGAAAUAUAGGGGAAUAGGGGAUUUAACCUUGUGUGAUUAGUAAUAAUAAUAAUAAUAACUGUUGUUGACACCAUUUUACAAUUAUGUAGUAGUAUUAGUAAUAAUAUUGAUGUCAAUAAAGCUGUAAUUGUUAAACAUA